GUGUGGGAGGAGCUUAAGGCAGAUGUUGUGAGGAACUACCAAGGUUCAAGCAGAAGUUCGUAGCACGUUUUUGAGGCAGUGCUGCUACCUGCUUCAGUCGCACGGGUGAGACAUAACCAGAUUGUCCCCCUGGAGAAGCAGACCUUGGUUUCAGUAGCUGUGUGAAGCACGAAUAACUGACGUGACCAAACGGCAACCAAGCGUCCCUCUUUCUUCUUGUUACGUUGAAAUCCCUCCUCUCACCUUGCCCUUGAUUUAAUUUCUCUACUCCUUCCCCGAGUGUCACUUAUUCCUCUUUGCCUUCUGUCUGAGUAAUUUCUGAGGAGUAACCUCAUUAAAAAUGGUUGCCGACGGGGACGUGGCAUCUCAGGGAAGCGGCAUGCGACUGAAGCAGGAGAUCUCCCUCCUCCAUGGUGUCUGUCUUAUUGUGGGAAAUAUGAUCGGCUCCGGGAUCUUUGUCUCACCUAAAGGAGUUCUCAUGUAUACCGGCUCUUUUGGCCUGUCUCUGAUCGUGUGGGCCAUUGGAGGCGUAUUCUCUGUGUUUGGAGCAUUGUGUUAUGCUGAACUUGGGACUACUAUCCGUAAAUCUGGAGCUUCCUAUGCCUACAUCCUUGAAGCCUUUGGAGGCUUUUUGGCUUUUAUCCGAUUGUGGACGUCCCUGAUGAUAGUCGAGCCAGCCUGUCAGGCAGUGAUAGCCUUGACUUUCUCCAGCUAUCUGGUUCAGCCCUUCUACCCCACCUGUUCAGCCCCUUAUCAUGCGGUGCGCCUCAUUGCUGCUGCCAUUAUAUGUUUGCUGACUGCUGUUAAUUGUUUGAAAGUGAAAUGGGGUGCGAUUCUCCAGGUAAUCUCCACCGUGGCCAAAGUCUUGGCGCUCAUCGUCAUCAUCAUCACCGGCCUGGUAAAGCUGGCACAAGGUUUCGACCAGAACUUUGAGAAUUCGUUCAAAGGCUCCAAGCUGGACCCUGGUUAUAUGGCUCUGGCUCUUUACUCAGCACUUUACUCCUACUCGGGCUGGGAUACACUCAACUUCAUUACAGAGGAAAUAAAGAAUCCAGAAAGGAACCUGCCUCUGUCCAUUGCCAUUUCCAUGCCCAUUGUCACAGUGAUCUACAUAAUGACCAAUAUAGCUUACUACGUUGUCAUGGAUGCAGACACAGUGCUCAGCAGUGAAGCUGUUGCUGUGACAUUUGCUGACGAGGUUCUCGGCUGGGCUCGAUGGUUGAUCCCCAUUUCUGUAGCUAUUUCCUGUUACGGCGGUUUGAACUCCUCAAUCAUUGCUGCCUCAAGGCUUUUUUUUGUUGGUUCCAGAGAAGGCCAUCUGCCCAACGUCCUGUGCAUGAUCCAUGUGAAGCGUUACACGCCGAUCCCUGCUCUGUUUUUUAAUGGAGCCAUGUCUCUGUUUUACCUGUCUGUCCCUGACGUCUUCCAAUUGAUCAACUACUUCAGCUUUAACUAUUGGUUGUUCAUUGGCCUGUCAAUAGCCAGCCAGAUUUACCUGCGGAUCAAAGCUCCCGACAUGCACCGACCGGUUAAGCUGUCUUUGUUCUUCCCUAUCGUCUACUGCUUGUGCAGCAUAUUCCUGGUGAUUGUGCCUCUCUACAGCGACACCCUCAACUCAUUAGUUGGAAUAGGAGUGGCUCUGUCCGGCGCUCCAGUCUACUACAUUUGCAUCCACCUGCCGCCCUCUUCUAGGCCGGCCUUUCUCAGCAAACUGCUCGACAAAAUCUGUCUUUUUACUCAAAAACUCUGCUUAUGCUGUGUGGCCUCUCCGGAUAUUGAUCUGGACAACAUAGAACCCGACAAGAUGGAAUGAUUUACCAAAACAUUCCUAACUUAUAGGUGGAAGAGCCACAGGAGGACCACCACAAUUUGGACAAGGAUUCGCUGAGUAAAAAAGAAACAUUUGAGGUCAACAAAGGAGCGAGGAGAAGAUCUUAGUCACACUUUCAACACAACAGCGUUUGGUGGUGCAUUUCCCUUCACUCAUGCCCAGAAACUGCACUCACACAUGCACGGCUCAUUUUCAGCUUCAAAAAGCCCACACAUCAACCAGCAGCAGAAACCUUUGCACAUCUCAUAUUUGAGUUUUACGAAGCUUUAUGUUGUGUUCAUAAACUGAAGGACCUAAUGUGCAGACAUGUGUCGCGUUUAUUUAUUUUAAACUCCGUCGACAAAAAAAUUAGAAUCAAUUAAUGCAGAUUUAUUCUCCUUUUUUCCAAAUAUUUCAUUUGGAAGAAUUUAAGGAGGCUUAGGUUAGUUAAUUAUUAUUACGAUUUAAAUAUGUCUUUGGCACUUUUACAGGUUUUUCUCAUUAAAGCCAAAGAAUAGAUUAGACUUAUUUACAGCUUCCUGAAUGACAAUAAGGACCAUCGAUGAGCUUGAACAUUUUUUUUUGUUUUAAGGGUCUACAUUUUUCAUAAAAACUGUAGGACUGCAAAGCUUGAAGAAGCCAUUUUUAUUGUUCUCGUGAUUGUCUCUGGAUUAAGGAAAUGUGUCUGGAAGGCUCCCCUCAGGAGUCCGUGUCAGAAACGAGUUCUUCUCUGUAACCACACUCCUUUGCGUCAUCCUCCAAAUGAUUAAUUUAUUGUUGCGUUUGAGUCUGGCCCGCUUGCUUUCUUCCAUCCCAGAAUGCGAGCGCCAUCUCCCUGCUCAACGUGAACAUGUAGCUUACGCUGUGGUGACUUAAAGGUGAAAAUGUUACGUUGUUUGUCUUCAAAACUGAAUGUGCCUUUUUGUGAUUGGUCCGAAGCUGCUCCCCGUUUGGACGUUGAAAGCAGUUUUUAAUGUGGAGUGACGUGGGCACAAUCUCAGACACUCGGCUGCACUGUUUGCCAAAUGUUUUUCAGGUUUACAGCACAUGUUGACCUGCUGGUCAGAUUGUCAGACAAUUGUCCGUUUUUGUGUUGGGAAAUGUUCACUUUUAGCACACAUUCUAAUGACACACAUCUUUUUAUGUACCUGCUGGCUUUUUCAGACCAAAGUGUUGUUUCUUCCACGUGUUGUUAACUGAACUUACAAAAACAAUGGAGAUGGAUGUUUCACUGUAAUGUGUUUACUGUUCUGUUGGGUUCCAAACAAACGCUGAAAGUGGUUUUCUGAACAAAUGUCCAAAGUGCUUUUUCCGUUGAACUGUUAUUUAUCUUGUUUUGGACGGAAAAAAACAAAUGUCUUUUCCGUGGGUGAGGUUUUGUUUACACAAACAGGAAAACAAAUGUGAGUGUGUGUGUGUGUGUGUGUAAUUCAAAUAAAGCAGAGAAUAUGGAUUUGAUA